GCAGUUUGACGUUGUAUUUAUUUGCGUAUUUUGCGAAUAUUAAUUAAUUAAUUGAUUGCUAACUUUGCAAAUAUUUUUCUUGAGUGGAUUCUGCGGAGCUGAGGUGGGGACAGCGUUGGUCUUUAAAAUCCGACAGGUUUUGACCUGUUCCAGGGGAAGAAACGAUGAAAUAAUACAUUGUUAACCAAAUUGAACCACAUUAAUUAAUCCAAAUUUACAAUGGAGGCGAUCAAAGCCGAAAUUGAGCGAAAGCGGAAACAAUUGGAAGAUUCGAAGGUCGUGUCUGGUGGACAAAAGUAUUUCAAACGGUCCGAGUUAAUGGCAAGGAAUGAGGAAGCUUAUCUAGUUCGACACGGUCUUCAGAAAGCUGCGACAAAUGAGGCGAAUGCAAAGUUUGCAAAGGCCAAUGCUUCAGUCAAGGUAGAAGUUCCAAAAGCUGGUUCUGGAAAUAUGGAGGACCUCCCUAAACUAUCGCGACGAGAAGUUAUCCGUCGUUUAAGAGAACGUGGCGAACCAAUCCUUCUUUUUGGCGAGACGGAAGAAGAAUCAUCAAGACGGUUGAGAAAAAUGGAAAUCCUUGAGCCAGAAGUAAAUCGUGGUUUCCGCAACGAUUUUCAAGCCGCUUUGGAACAAGUGGAUCAAGCUUAUCUGGAGGAAAUUAUCAGAACGUCAAAAUCUGGACCAGGACAGGCUGCAGAUAAGAAGAAGAAACUGGGGGACGUUCACGUCAUGGAGGACAGCUAUACGUACGACGUCAUCGUUCCAAAAGCGCAGGAAGUCUUUUCAAAAUCUAAGAAUAUGGAGGAGAGAGCUAAAACUAUUUUGGAAUGGGUCAAAUUCUUAUUGAAAUGCUGGGGAAAGUAUUUAAAUUCGAGGUCUGAAGAAGAAAAGUUAGCCAUGAGGGGAAAACUAUCCUCUGCAACGUAUACGCAGACAGUGGAAUAUAUGAAACCACUUUUGCGAAAAUUAAAAAGCUGCACAUUACAAGACGAUAUUCUCGAGUGUUUAGUGGACAUUGUCAAAUUCAUGUUGGACAAGGAGUAUAUUAAAGCUAACGACGCAUAUUUGGAAAUGGCUAUCGGCAAUGCUCCUUGGCCUAUCGGAGUAACGAUGGUUGGUAUUCACGCAAGAACUGGGAGAGAAAAAAUUUUCUCGAGGAAUGUCGCUCACGUAAUGAAUGAUGAAACGCAGAGAAAAUAUAUCCAAGGGCUAAAACGAUUAAUGACAAAAUGCCAACAAAUGUUUCCAACGGAUCCAUCAAAAUGUGUGGAAUAUCAGCCUGAAGCGUGUUUAGAUAUUGAAGAUAAAGCAAGCUCAUCUGCAACUUGCAAGAAUGCGGCGCAGUCGGAAUAGAUUUUAGUAGAUUGUAGUGAUUAGAAUUCUAUCGACAAACCAAAAUCGAUCAAUGGUUGACCAUACCGUCACUGCUGGACACUUCGAUCUUAGCCAAAAGGCCGAGAAAUCCAGACGAGAACAAUUAUGAUUAUAAUUUCAUGUAAAUGAGGUGAAUUAGAUUAUAAAUAUUAAUAAGACGACUUUACUGAUAAAACUAUGUAGGUAAUCAUAUGCGCUCGUGGAAUUUGUUUUAUACUAUUAAUUACUAUUUAAUUACAUGCAAAUAAAGUAUUUUAUUUUAUUUUAAAAUAAA